AUGCUCGACGACGUCACGCUUCAAAGAAAAGACGAUGCCGCUAUGAGGUCGCGCUUAUUCUCGACGCUGCGCGCAUUGCAGCAUGAGAACCCUUUGGGUCUCCCGCGCUCCGGUGCGCCGCCGCAGAUCCCGCGCAUGCAGCGCGGUCUACCGCAGAAGCGCAAUAUCAGAGAUGUAAAUAAAGUCGUCGCUGUUUCAUCCGCAAAGGGCGGAGUUGGCAAGUCGACAAUAGCCGUCAAUCUCGCUCUUUCCUUUGCUCGCCGCGGUCUGCGAGCCGGCAUCCUCGACACCGACAUCUUCGGCCCCUCCAUCCCCACCCUUCUCAAUCUCUCCGGAGAACCAAGGCUAUCAGCCAACAACCAACUCGUCCCCCUCUCCAACUACGGCGUCAAAUCCAUGUCGAUGGGCUACCUCGUCGGCGAAGACGCUCCCGUCGUCUGGCGCGGGCUCAUGGUCAUGAAAGCGCUGCAGCAACUCCUCCACGAAGUCGACUGGGGCGGACUGGACGUCCUGGUCCUCGACCUGCCGCCGGGGACCGGCGACGUGCAGCUGACCAUCACGCAGCAGAUCGUGCUGGACGGCGCCGUCAUCGUCUCGACGCCGCAGGACAUCGCCCUCAAGGACGCCGUCAAGGGCGUCAACAUGUUCCGCAAGGUCUCGGUGCCGCUGCUCGGCGUCGUCGAGAACAUGGCGACUUUCCACUGCCCGCACUGCCACGCUGAGACGCCCAUCUUCACGUCCGCGUCGGCCGGCACCGAUCACUCGUUCCAUUCGCGCUUCAAGGAGCUCGGCGUGCCGCUGCUGGGUGAGAUCCCGCUGCACCCGCGCAUCUGUGCCGAUGCGGACCGCGGCAAGCCCAGCGUCGUGGCCGAGCCAGCUGACAGCCCCAACGUACGCGCCUUCGAGGGCGUGGCGGCGAAGGUGGCGGAGAAGAUUGGGUUGGUUUGA